CUUUAAAAACAACAGGCGUUUACUGUCUAAGUGGGUCACAGGACAGCGAGCACAGCGGUAGACUCAGUCCAGCCCGCUGGGGAGGGAUAAUGCAGUCUCUCUCAUCGCUGUGGCUGUACACAGCCCUGCCUGGUCUGCUGUGGGCCUCACAAGUCUCUCUGAUAGUGGAGGGGGACAAUGAUGCCUCCAGGAUCUGCAAACCUGCUCCCAACUGGACAAUAAAGGGACAUGCACCCAUGCAAGAGCUGCUGGGAAAUGUGGUUGUGGUGGCGCUACUGAAGGCCAGCUGACAGUUCUGUCUCACGCAGGCCUCCAAGAUUGGAGGCCUGCGUAGCAAGCUGAUGCGCAGCAACCUGACGGAGGUGUCUUUCAUAAUAGUAAAUGAGCGAGAGGCUCAGUCCAGAGCCAUGUACUGGGAGCUGAAGAGAAGAGCGCCACCUGGUGUUCCAGUGUAUCAGCAGGCUCCCCUUCAAGAUGACGUGUGGGAGGCUCUGGAUGGUGACAAAGAUGACUUUCUGGUCUAUGAUCGGUGUGGCCGGCUCACCUUUCAUAUAGUGCUGCCCUACAGUUUCCUGCAUUAUCCCUAUGUAGAGGCUGCGGUCAGAGCCACUUAUCUUAAAAACAUCUGUAACUGCUCUGAUUAUGAGGCUUCUGGCCAGAGCGGCACCAUGAGGAACAAGACAACAACUGAGUUGGACACUGAAGAGCCAGAGGAGGCAGAAACAGCUCGUCACCACAGCCAUCGUCAUCAUCAUCCUCAUCAUUCAAAAGACCACCACCAACACAGUCACCAAAAUCAUACCCAACUUCAGCAUGUCACAGUUCAGAAUCAAACUCACCGUCAUCAUUCUCCCAGUGAUCAUCCCCACCACCCUCAGCAUCAUCACCUUAAUCAUCAUCAGCCUCAUCAUCAUUAGCAUCAGCAGGGGCCUGGCUACAACCCCAUGGUGGGGUGGAUAAUUAGUAUGUCAGUUGUAUCACUAGUGUUUUUUCCUGCUUUUUUCUUCUUCACGUAGUUAGGACAGGUUAACUUAGUUUGUUACUCUUGGUGAUUUUUUUUUUUUUUUUUUUACUUUGAUGGCAGAGGACACAGGUAUAUAGCAGUUAACUGAGCAGUUGAAUCUGUUUAAGCAGUAAUCAGACUGUGGUUUCUCUGCUGUGCACCACCACACCUCACACCUCCUCCCCUGUGUGGAUGCAGUGGCCAGUCCUGCCCUGUCUUCUCCCAUUAAUGAAGUCUAUGGUAUAAACCCUGCCUGCAGGAGGCUGUAGACGGAUGUGUGUGGAGAGAUUUGAUGGACUGAUUGUUAUUAUCACCCACACAGAGCCUGGGGAUGUUGUACGCUGACGCUCAGCGAACCUCAGUCACAUUACUGUCCAAACAUUUUCCUUCCUGUUCAGUUUCUGCUUCUGGUAUUGACAUGCUGUACUACUACUACCACUAGUUCAUAUAACAAGAGUUUCAAGGGCUUCAAGAGUUUGUGCUGACCUUUCUUCUCCUGAAUGUGUUCAAGCCUUUUGGGAAGUGGCAUAAAUCAGUGUAUUAAUCCAACAAAAUCAGUAUUUUUCACUUGUACUUGAUACAGUAUACUAGAAUAACAUACAGUAAAAUGCUCAAUUUAAUCCAUUUUUCAUAUUUGAUUUCACACAUUGUUACUUUAUUUUACUGUACAAGUUAUCACUUAUUUACCUGAAUGUAGAAUGAACCUUAUGGUUGUUGUUCUCCAUUUAAAAGAAAAUAUAUUUUAUAAGUGUGUUUCAAGGUGUCUCUUUCUG